CCAUAUAUAUCCUUCCAGUCCUGGGAUAGCUGCUGCACUUUAAAUUUCCUAGAGAGGGCCAAAAGACAAAGCAUUGUUUUGUUCUCUAAGAUAACUUAAAAACAUCUCUUCUUGGGUCUGCACAACUAUCCUUCCUCUGCAUUUGCAGCAUUUUCAUCCUUGCAAAAUAUUAAUAAUAUAGUGCCAACUGAAACUCUUGCCUGUUUAUUCCCUAUCUUUUCAUUUUCUGGCACAACAUUUUUGGUUUGUUCUCAUUCUGUGAAACCCAAGAAAAUCAAUAUCUUAUUCUACAUUUGUAAAAAUAAUAAUAAUAAUAAUUUGUUCUUUGUUUCUAUCUUUUCAUCUUUAAAUAAGCCCUUCUGCAUUCUGCUUCUCCAAGAUUCCUUCAAACCAGAAACACCUUUUAGAAUAACUACAUAUCCAGUGAGUAAUCAAUGCAAACAAAAUCCGGCAAACGGGUGACUAUGUUAGAGAUAUUCGAAGGUAGUAAAAUGUUCAAAGGCAACUAAAAAGGCAUAGAGAAUUAUAUGCUAAAUAAGUGUUCUUAGAAAGGAUUGUCUUUUGCUUUUGGUUUUAUAUCAAGAGACGCAAAGAUGUCUGCAAAAUUCAUCCAUACAUUAUCCGAUGAAAACCCAGAUCUGCAGAAGCAGAUUGGAUGUAUGAAUGGAAUUUUUCAACUCUUUGAACGCGGUCAUUUCCUCGGUAGCCGUAGGCAAAUCACCGGAAGUAACCACAAGAAGCAGCCAUCAGGUGAGAAUGGCAACAACCAAACCAAAAGUUCAUCACAGAAAACAACAGAAAAGGACCAGAAGAAGGCCAUUAAAGAGAAACAAAGAAUCUCCACUGAAUCAUCGAGAACAUCGUUUUCAUCUUCCUCUUGUUCCUCUAGUCUAUCAUCGUUCGAAUGCAAUAAUAGAGCAUCCCAGCUAGAACCAUGUUCUUUUAACCAAACUACUGCCAUUGAAACCCAUGACAGAGAAUCACCCAUAUACCAACUAAAGGCUUCUUUCCGGUCAAGUCAGCAGUCUCAUGAUCUUAGAGAUGUAGUCAAAGAUUCGAUAUACAGAGAAGCCCGUGGCUUAUUGGUUAAAACGGUAACCAAAGGAGAUUCAGGAGGCCACACCUUGAAAUACUUUGAUUCCCCCAGACCCAUGCAGAACCCAAAAUCACCCAAUCCCAAAAUUCCAAAUCUGAGAGAAUCAUUUCAAGUUCUUCAUAAGCUUCAAGAAGUUCCUCGGAAAUCCAAUGAAGAGAGGCGAGCUUCUUUGCCUUCUGCACUAAAAGAUGCCCGGCGGGUCUCUUGUGACGGAAGGGAGUCGCGAAAUACUUCCAAAACCACCAUAAAGCUGAAGGAGCUCCCAAGAUUAUCACUGGACAGCAGAGCAGGAUCAAUAAAGGGCUCCACUACUGAAAUGAAAUCAAAUUAUCUUUUAGGAAAUUUGGAAAGAAGGGAUAGGAACUCGGAUACUUUCUCAAAUCAACAAGAAGAACCUGAAAGCCGUACAAAAUUGUCAAAUGUUGUAGCCAAAUUGAUGGGAUUAGAAGCCCUUCCAGAUUCCAUGUCAGCCAACGAAAAUCAGACAAGACAUAUCACAGCACACUCUAGUGUUGAAAGCCAUCGCUUCCUGGGAUCGCCAAAAACCACUGAGGAUAACAAGCAGAGUCGAGUUCCUGGAUCUCCAAGAAAUCUUCAUAAGGAACCAGUCUCACCCCGGACAAGAAAUGCUGAUUCAAUCAAGAAGCCUAGUCCAAAUUCAAGGUUUCCACUAGAACCAGCACCAUGGAAGCAACCGGAUGGAAACAGAAGUAAUCAUACACCAGCUUUGAAGAAUCGGGUAGCUCAACCAAAAGUACCAGACACCCCUCUCACUGUUUAUGGCGAAAUAGAGAAAAGAUUGGCACAACUCGAGUUCAAACAGUCUGGAAAGGAUCUCAGAGCUCUUAAACAAAUACUUGAAGCAAUGCAGAAGACUAAAGAUAUAUUAAAGACCAAUACCGAAACUCCAAAAUCAGAAACUCAAACCAACAGUAGCAGCAGCCUUCAAAACAACUCAAAGUCAUCAAACCUGUGUAACAUACAGAAUGAGAGCCCAAUCUCCACCAUCACCAGGGGUAGCAGUUCGCCAAACAAUUUCAAAUCGCCCAUUGUAAUUAUGAAACCAGCAAAACUCAUGCAGAAUACCCGCAAUUCUGCUUCCUUGGUAAACCCAACUGAGAGUUUUUUUGUUCCGCAGAGGCUUCAGACUGCCGACUUCUCAGAUGGUGGAAAAGAAUCAAGCGGCAAACAAACUGCACAAGAUCUAACUCCUAGAUCUAAUGCUUAUAGAGAAAAAUCCAGUCUAUCCUCUUCUCUGAUGGAUAAAAAAUCUGCUGCAAAAUUUGCAAGACUGCCACACUCUUUGAAGGAGACACAGUCUACUAGAGAAAGUACCAAAUUAGCGAGGAGCUCAGGAACCUUGAACCAAACACACCCACCGAAAAAGUUUGGGAUGGAGAAACAAACUCGUCCGAAAAGUCCAUCAUCAGAUUCAAUCAGGAACAUGAGGCACGCAAGUAGACAACAGACAGAAUCAGGUUCUUCUCGCAGAAAUCCCAGAUCAAGAGUUUCCAACUUGCAGCCAAGUGAUGAUGAAUUGAGUGAUGUUAGCAGUGAUGUGAGAGAUUUGAGCCACCAUGGGGAUGGCUUAUCACUGCAAUCCGAGAGUCAUAUGAGCUUAGCCUCACAGGCUGAUGAAGAAGUCUCAAGCCUUGAUAGAUCUUAUAAGCUCACUCACCAGAAACCAAAAAAACCAGUAGCAGGACCCAUGAAAGACAGACCAGUGGCAGAACCAGUGUUAGCCUCAGAACAACCAAGUCCUGUUUCUGUUCUUGAUGCAGCAUUCUACAGUGAUGAAUUACCAUCUCCUAUCAAGAAGAGAUCAAUCCCCUUCAAAGAUGAUGAGGACGAGUGGAAUCAAGUGGAUGAAAAUCACUCAUCCUGCAGCACAGAGUCCAGUCUCAACUCGGCAAUUAGUCAUAAAAAAGUGGAGAGCAUCAACCUAUUAAUUCAGAAGAUCACACAAAAGUUAUCUGCUCAUGAGACACCUGAAAUCACAAAUUUCUACUAUAGCACAAAUCCUGACCAUCAAUACAUUUCGGAAAUCCUAUCAGCAUCAGAUUUACUGAAGGAUUUUGAAUCUGCCUUUGCAACCAAUCACCUCCAUCAAACAGGCUACCCAAUCGACCAUGCUAUAUUCCUAUCUCUAGAAAAAGCCAGGGCAAGCACUAUGAUUUCAAAUGACAAAGACAGUCGAACAAAGAUCUCAAAGUCGAAAUUUCAAAGCAAACUCCAUAGGAAACUUCUGUUUGAUGUUGUGAACGAAAUUCUAAUCCACAAGAUACUCCAGGAAAGUUCUUUCAACCAUGGACUUCCACCAAGCAAAUUGGCAGAUAUAAGACCAGGAGAACAGCUUCUAAGGGAAGAAAUGUGCUCAGAAGUAGACAGAUUGCAAGGUAAUGCUGCUAACUGUAGCUUAGAUGAUGAAGAAGAUAGUCUGAUAGGCGUCUUACGGGCAGAUUUGAUGCAUCAGUCAAAGAAUUGGACAGCCUGUAGUAGCGAAAUUCCAGGAAUAGUUCUGGACAUUGAGCGCUUGAUAUUCAAAGACUUAAUAAGCGAGACUGUUACAGGUGAAGCACUUGGUCUGCCAAUGCGAUCUGCUGGGCAUGGCAGGCAACUGUAUCUCAAGUAGUACUUUUAAUAGAACUGUUUCGCCAGAAGCACACAACAGUUCAGGCUCCCCCACCCCGAACCCAUCGAGGGGAUUGUUCCAGCCUUCAUUUAUUUAUGAAUAGAAACAAAAUAAUCUAUCAAGUAACAAUUAGCUCUAGCA